AUGGUGUUAUCGUCCCUCGCCGCAUGGAACUCAAGCAUCAGACAAGCCGCAAGCCACGGCGACCCUCGAAAGGUCUUUUUCCUCCUCCGCCGAAUGAAACAACGACAGACCCCCGACAACUUAACUUUUCCCUUCGUCGCCAAAGCCUGUGCGAAGCUAGCAGACCUCAAGCUCUCGCAAAUGGUCCACGGCCACGUGGCGAAAACCCCACACAGUUCCGACAUAUACGUGCAGACGGCAAUGGUCGACAUGUACGUGAAAUGCGGCCAUUUGGAAUGCGCACACCAACUGUUUGAUGAAAUGCCCGUGACGGACUUAGCCUCUUGGAACGUUAUUAUCUCGGGUUUCGCUCGAGAUGGAUAUUUGGACAGGGUCUACUUGUUAUUUAGGAGGAUGAGGCUCGAUGAUGGUGUUGUGCCCGAUUCGGUUACAGUCAUGGGUUUGACCCGAUUGGCGUCAGGGAUGAAAAAUGCCAUGUUGUUGCACGCUGUUCAUUGUUUCGGGUUGAAAUCCGGGUUUGAAAAGGAUGUUUCGGUCGCUAAUACUUUUAUAUCCGGGUACGCAAAGUGCGGCAAGUUUCGCUUGGCCGAGAGGAUUUUUCUCGGCAUAGGUUCGGGUUCUCUUAGUGUCGUCUCCUGGAAUGCCGUGAUCGCGGGUUUCGCGUAUUUCGAGGAGUCAGACAAAGCUGUCCAGUUUUACUUGAAAAUGCUGAGGGAUGGGUACAAACCCGAUUUGAGUACGGUUCUUAAUUUGCUCUCGUCCUUUGCCCGUCCCGAAUUUUUAUCCCACGGUGUGGCUGUUCACACGCAUGUAGUGAAAUUAGGGUGUGAUGCGGACAUUCGCGUGCUUAACACGCUUGUCUCCAUGUACUCAAAGUGUGGAGAUAUUCACUCAGCUAGAGUUAUAUUUGAUCUCAUGAGCGAGAAAUCAUGCGUGACGUGGACAGCGAUGAUCGGUGGGUAUUCGGAGAAGGGCGAUUUGGACGAAGCUCUCUCGUUAUUCCGUACCAUGGAAGCUUCCGGGGAAAAACCAGAUAUGAGAAGAACAAGCUCAACUCCUCAGCCUGUGCCAAGUCAACUACAUAGUCAGACAUCCAAGAUGGAGGUUUCUUGCACCUACUGCUCCUUCUGA